AUGAGCAAGAUAUUACAUCAGUAUGUAGUGCGUAGCAAGGCGUUUCAUAACGCCCCAUUUUCGAGAAUUUAUCCAUCAGAAUUCACCGGCGAUGCGUUUAAGAAAAAAGGACGAGCUAAUGAAGAGGGAUAUUUCAGAAAACAGUACUCGGAUCUAAUAAAAAAUUUAAAGAAACGAAUAACCAGAAUUAGAGACGGUGGCCCUAAAGUCGUACCGUCUAAAGAAAAACCCAAAACUUCCAAAACUGUUAAUAAAGUACCAAAGAAGAAAGCAUGUUCAUUUAUAUAUACGCAUGAUGUUAUCUGGAACUGGGUGGUUUGA